GAUAAAGCAGGAUUUGUGGAAUGUGUCAAAAUGGAUCUGUUUUGUCAGCCUCUGUUUUGGUUUACUUUUCUGAAUCUCCUGGUAAUGCACAAUCCUAAGCCUUACUCUUGUAUUUACAACUGCUGUAACUGUGGAGAAGUCAACCCAUUAAAUGUUUACGUAACAAAAGGAUCCACUUUGGUAUUGAAUUGUACAAUCGAAGAAGAUAGCAGUCCCCACUUCCUGAUGUUUACAUUUAGUAACGAUAAUGUGGACCAAUCAGAAUUCAUGGAACAUCAGGGAAAAAACACCAUCCUACUAAGGAAGGUUAUCACAGACUUUGAAGACCAGGGUGUCUACUAUUGUUACAAAAAUGACAAAAAAGUUGGAUCCUCCUAUGUAGAGGUUGAGUACCCCCUACAGCCUGUAAAUGACAGUGACUUUUGGUGUGUACUGUACGACUGGGACCAUUCUCUGUCCUGCUCCUGGGAAAUGGGCGCUUACAAAAACAAGGGCAACAUCAAUGUUACUGUCAUUGCUGAGACCAGUGUCACCCCUCCCCCUCCUCCCAAGAACCCUUAA